AUGACAUAUGCUGAAACAAUAGAUAAUGCUUGUCUUAUAUGUACAGAAAAUGAUGCUACACAUGAAUAUGAUCCUUGUCAUCAUUUUCCAAUGUGUGGAGAAUGUUUUGUUCGUUUAGAUCAAGAACACCUUAAAAUAUGUAUGCAUUGUUUUCUAACAGCUACAAUGCGUAAGCGUAUACCAAAUACACCUAUGACAUGGUAA